AUGUUGUGCCUGACGCGGCUGAGAGCCAACGUCAGCAAAGCCGCCUUCCUGGAAAUGGUGAAGGAACUCCGUUUCCGCACGGAGGCCCCAAUUGCGGACUGCAGCGCCGCGCUGAAGGAGACGGCGGGCGACGUGGAGAAGGCGAUGGAGGUGCUCCGCAAGAAGGGCUCGGCGCGGGCGAUGAAGAAGCAGUCGCGGGAGACGCUGCACGGCUCUGUCGUCGCCUGCGUCGGCCCCCCCUUCGGCGCGGCCGUCAUUACUGUCUGCAGCGAGACCGACUUUGCCGCGCGUAGCCCCCCGUUCCAGAGCGCCUGCGCCAAGGUGCGGGAGGCGCUGCAGCGGCGGAUUGUCGACAGCAGGGGCGAUGUGCUGGCAGAUCCGACGGAGGCCCAUCGCUCGCUCGUGGAGGCGACGGCGGAGGACAUUCGGGCCUCCAUCGCCGUCUUGGGCGAAAACGUUACCGUCAAGUCGGUUGAGCCUCUGCGGCCGACGCCGCAUGCGGCGGAGCACGUUGCCAUCGGCUUCUACACCCACGGCGCGCUGGAGGUGCCGGAGGUCGGCCGGAUUGCCGGCGUCGUCGCCGUGAACCGCCUCGACCCCGCCGCGGAGGUGCGGGCGAGUACGCUGACGGAUGUCGCAAGGCACUUUGUGGCAUGUAGUGGCGCGGAGGGGAACUACGCCCACCAAAACUUUUUCGGAACGGAGGAGACGGUGGGACAGUGGCUGAAGCGCCACGGUCUCCGCUUUAGCAGCAGCCUGGUGGUGGAGUUUGGCAAGGAGCCGGUGAGGCACACGGCUCCCCCGCCCCGCCCCGCCACGAAGUAG